GCAUUUUUUCUUAAAUCGUUUAGACAUUUAAAUAAUAAAAUUUCUUAUACUCGUAACUGAUGUCAUAUGUGUCAAGGAAUUCCCAAUCAGAAUUCAGUGUGUAAAUGAGCACUAGUAAAGUAAAUCUAAUGUCCGAGUAUAACCUUUGCCGGUCGAUCGGGUACAUGUAGCUGGCAAAAAUUCUGCACUCUUGAUUUGUUAAAAAAGCUUAAAAUUCAGAAAAUAUUUUGUAAGUUAAUAAUGCUUUUGUAAAGAACAUGGCGGAAGAUAAAAUAGAACCUGGAAACACGCAGGCCGAGUUCAUUAAAAAUGAGCUCAACUUUGAUGUGGACCCGGAAGAUCCAUUGACGAAAGCAAGCUUAGAAGAUCAUCCUGAAAACGAGUGGAUAGACAUUCUUGGAAACGGACAGUUAAAGAAGAAAGUUUUAAAAGCUGGAAAAGCAAAUACGCGACCCAGCAGGGGGGAUAUUUGCAAGGCAAAAAUUACUGGCAAACUUGAAAAUGGAACUAUUGUUGAACAAGAGGAAGAAGUUACCUUUCAGUUGGGGGAUGUCGAAGUUGUACAGGGUUUGGAUUUGGCGGUAGCUUUAAUGGAUAUUGGCGAGGAAGCAGAAGUUGAAGUUGCUUCGAGAUUUGCUUAUGGAACUCUAGGAGAAAAAGACAAAAUACCUUCAGGUGUUACAGUUUGGUACACUGUUGAGCUAAAAGACGUGGAAUAUGAACCAGAAAUCGAGUCUCUUGCAGUCAAUCAAAGAAAAGAAAUGGGGAACAAAAAACGAGAACGCGGAAACUGGUGGAUCAGACGAGACGAACCGACUCUCGCGAUUCAGUGUUAUCGUAGAGCUUUGGAUUUCUUGUCCCCCUCAAAAAGUGGAACAUUAGGCGAAGAUGCUGUUCAGGAACCCGAAUCAGAUGCAGAAAUGCAGGCCUUAUUAGAAGAUAGGUUGACUGUUUACAAUAAUUUGGCAGCAGCACAAUUAAAGACACAAGCCUAUGAGGCUGCACUCAAAAGUGUGGAGAACGUCCUGGGAUGUCAGCCGCAAAAUAUAAAAGCUCUUUUCCGAAAAGGUAAAAUUCUGCAUUUAAAAGGGGAACAUUUGAAAGCCUACGAGACGUUGCUUCAUGCCCAGAAGUUGGUUCCCCAGAAUAAAGCAAUUCAGCAGGAGUUGUCGGUUAUAAAAAUAAAAACGGUGAAAGACGCUGACAAGGAGAAAAAUUUGUAUCGCAAGAUGCUGGGAACCAAAAAGGAGAAUGCUGAUGCUAAAGGUGAGGAGAAGAAGGACAGGAAAAUAAAGACAACCACAAUUGCUUGGAGCAUUAUUGGCGGAACUAUUGCCGCCGCAGUGGGAGUGAUAGCGUAUAAAUUAAUUUCGUGAAUUUGUUUCAGACAUAACGUGAAACGAGAUACAAGUCUCGUUUAUCGGUUAACAAUAAAUCUACCAAGUCCAUUUAUGAUUCGUAUGUUUUCUAAUUUAGUCACUCGUUAAUCUCGCAUUGUAGCGUGGAAAAUGUAUAUGUGUACUGUACAACUCUGUAAAGAUUAUUGACGCCAAGUAGGUAAUUUACUAUUUUUAAAUAAAUAGGACUUACUAUUGUUUGUCAGAAUGAAGCUUGGUCAGUUGCCACAUUUCGAUAUUUAAGGGAAUAGAUCAAAAACUGUUUAAUGUUUACUUUUUCUCGAUAUUAACUUUACAUGGAAGUGCUGUUAAUAUUUCUGUGAGAAUUAUUCUUGUUUCCUUCCAACAUUCCAUGUGUAUUGCAGACAUUAUGAAGGGAGUGGGUUGAAAAGAGGAAUGUCGUGAUUGUUACGUACAUGUCAUUGAAAUAAAUUUAAUAUAUGUUUUA